AAACCCACGUGUUCGGCGAGGCAGACGCCGAGAGAGGAGACGUAGCUGGGCCGGGGCGCAGCGUCUCCCGCCUCAGCCCGCUUUCUGCACCACCGAGGCGGCCGCCAAGGAGCCCCAGCCGCCCUCCUGCGUCCCUCUCCUCCCACAGCCUGGGGAAGGAGACGGCGGCGGCGGCGAGACAGCCCGGCUCGUCCUGCCCCCAUGCCGGUGUGUCCCUGCUACGGCAGAUGUGUUUGGGGUCCUCGCACAGCUGGGACUAUGGUGAAAUUUCCAGCGCUCGCCAACUACUGGCCCCUGAUCCGAUUCUUGGUCCCUUUGGGCAUCACCAAUAUAGCCAUCGACUUCGGGGAGCAGGCCUUGAACAGGGGCAUAGCAGCUGUUAAGGAAGAUGCUGUGGAAAUGCUGGCCAGCUACGGGCUGGCCUAUUCCCUCAUGAAGUUCUUCACAGGUCCAAUGAGUGACUUCAAGAAUGUGGGUCUGGUGUUUGUGAACAGCAAACGAGACAGAACCAAAGCAGUUUUGUGCAUGGUUGUGGCUGGUGCGGUGGCUGCUGUAUUUCAUACCUUGAUAGCAUAUAGCGAUUUGGGGUAUUAUAUUAUUAACAAGCUGCACCAUGUGGAUGAAUCAGUGGGAAGUAAAACUAGAAGGGCCUUCCUUUAUCUUGCUGCCUUCCCUUUUAUGGAUGCCAUGGCUUGGACCCAUGCUGGCAUUCUGUUGAAACACAAACACAGUUUCCUUGUGGGAUGUGCCUCCAUCUCAGAUGUCAUAGCUCAGGUUGUUUUUGUAGCCAUUCUGCUUCACAGUCACUUGGAAUGCAAAGAGCCUCUCCUUAUCCCAAUCUUAUCCUUGUACAUGGGAGCACUGGUCCGAUGUACCACCUUAUGCCUGGGCUACUACAGGAAUAUACACGACAUUAUUCCUGACAGCAGUGGGCCUGAGAUGGGGGGAGAUGCUACAAUUAGGAAGAUGCUGAGUUUUUGGUGGCCUUUGGCAUUAAUUUUGGCAACUCAGCGAAUCAGUAGACCCAUUGUCAACCUUUUUGUGUCCCGGGACCUGGGCGGCAGCUCUGCAGCCACAGAGGCUGUGGCAAUUCUGACAGCUACAUACCCUGUGGGACACAUGCCGUACGGCUGGUUGACAGAAAUUCGAGCCGUGUAUCCUGCUUUUGACAAGAAUAAUCCCAGCAAUAAACUGGUGAACACCAGCAACACAGUCACAGCAACGCAUAUCAAGAAGUUCACUUUUGUCUGCAUGGCUCUGUCGUUAACGCUCUGUUUUUUGAUGUUUUGGACUCCGAAUGCAUCAGAGAAGAUUUUAGUUGACAUAAUUGGAGUCGAUUUUGCCUUUGCAGAACUGUGUGUCAUUCCUUUGCGCAUCUUCUCCUUUUUCCCAGUUCCAGUCACAGUUAGAGCACAUUUGACUGGCUGGCUCAUGACACUGAAGAAGACAUUUGUAUUGGCACCCAGCUCAGUGCUGCGCAUCAUCGUCCUCAUCACUAGUCUCAUUGUGCUGCCUUACUUAGGAGUCCAUGGAGCCACCCUAGGAGUAGGAUCACUUCUAGCUGGUUUUGUAGGAGAAUCUACCAUGGUUGCAAUAGCGGCUUGCUACGUCUGUCGGAAACAGAAAAAGAAGCGGAACGAAAAUGAGACUGCUACGGAAGGCGAAGACUCAGUAAUGACUGACAUGCCACAGAUAGAAGAAAUGACAGAUAUCGUAGAAAUGAGAGAAGAGAAUGAAUAAUAAACAGGACGUGAUUGUUCUCUACAGGGACACAUAAAAUGACACUUCAGCAUCUUUUCUUCUCUCAUCCUUUUUUUUUGGUUUUAUUUUUGUAAUAAAGAGGCCUUGAUUUAAAAGGCUUCAGAUAAAUUCUCUAGCAUACUGAGUAUGCUCACACUAAUGAGGGACCUAAAGGAAGGUCUUUGCUUUUGCUUGUUUUUGUUUUCUCGCUCCAUGCAAACACAAAAGAUAUGGCUGCAUCACACAAAAGGGCAUUUUCCUCAAUAUGCAUCCGUCUUCUUUGGGCAAUCUGCAUUUGUCAACCAAAGCCCUGCUGUGUGUCUCUGUGCCCUUGACUCUGCUGCCGUCCUUUCUUCCCUCUUUCUUUUUUUUCCUUUUUGUUGAGAAUUUAAAAAAAACAACCUUUGAAAAUGCAGCUUUAUUUUACUCGCUUGACAAUGAUUUUGCUAUCUAAACAAAUGUACCACGGUGGGCCAUUAUGUUUGUUUUCACUUGUCAUUUGCUGUUAUGCUGUACGUUGUUACAAAACAAGGUAGGAAGGCAUGAGCCCCAGUGAGCAAAUGGUACAUAAAAAUAAUAAAAGGGAUGCGAGAAAUACAGGACAAGAAUGCUAUUUAGCCUUUAUUAAGAAGUUAUCUGAGAUGCAAGAUUUUUCAAAAAUUGUACACAUUUAAGAAAGAAGUUUUAUAGAAGAUUGGUGCCAAGUCCUACACCUUGUUUCCUUGUGACCAGUUUCCGUUCUCCUUUCCUGAAGAGGGUGCAGCAGUUGGUAGAGUGGUGCAGUUGCAUCUAAGGGUAUGUUUACACUGCAAUAAAACACCCAGGGUUGGUCUGUGUUAGGCUCCUGGGGUUCGGACUGUGGGGCUAUAAAAUUUCAGUGUAGAUGUGGGGCUGGAGCCCAGACUCUGGAACCCAAGCUGGAAUGUCUAGAUUGCAAUUUUGUAGCCCCUCAGCCCAAGCCCUGCCAGCCCAGUCACCUGACACAGCCAGUUGUGGGUGAUUUAUUGCAAUGUAGACAUACCCAAGAUUCUUUUCUAAGGGAAGAAAAGAAGAAGAAAAGCUUUACCAAAGUUCUGGUCCACUGGUCUGACAUAAGUUCUAUGUAUAAUUAGUUUUUACACUACAGUUUGCUAUACAAUUAUUUCUACAAUCUGUGUUCAAAAACACACACAUAACUUAAAGUACACCAUGGCAUAGUCCUUUAAUACAUAUAGCCCUAUUAAAUAUAUAGGGAUAUUGCUUUAACCUGUUUCCCUAUAAAAGUAACUCAAAAUCAGUAUGGGAGAAGUUUGAGUGCCUGUCAGGACGCUGAAGUCCUAUGUUAGGGAUCCAAUUCUACAAUUCUUGCUCACACUGAAGUAGCCCUUGUGAGAAUCGUUCCAUGGGAAUGAACUGUCACCACAUGAGUAAGUGUUGUACAGUGUGAACAAGAUAGGCACUGUUAGGUUUAAGUGUGGCUUAAAUAGCACAGAGGGCCUUCACAUGAGUGAUGUGUAUUACAAUGAAUUUCAUCCUAUAUGAUGCAUCCUUAAAUUAUGAAUUUUAAAUCUUAUUUAGUAAAGUAUAUUUUUGUAAGUUUUAGAAGUGAAUUAUUAUUUAAUUAUGGACAAAUUCAGUUUCUAGAUUACUUACCAGGUAGUCCUUACACUUCAAAGAACUGAUCAACUCUAAAAACUUAUUUUAAACGUUCUAUCAAUAUGUGUAUAUAUACAUACAUGUGUAUAAAUAUAUAUAUUGUAUAUUGUGUAAUUUAUUUUAGGCUACAGUACACUUCCUAUUUUUCCAAGUUCCUUAAAAAUGUCUCUGAUACAAUAUGUUUGCUCAUGUAUUGGUUAUACCAGUAGUGAAACGUAUUGUAUCAGUGACCAUUGCAUCUUAUUUCCAAAGUUUGUACUGUUUAUUAUAUGUACAAAUGUAUUAAGAUAAAAAAUGAAAUUUUGAAUGAGUUGCAAAAAUCAGUCCAUUGCUAUUGAAAACAGUGCCACAGAUGGGUGAAAUGAAAUCCAUAUGGUUUCAGUGCUAUCUGGAGGUUUUUCCCACUAUUCCUUACAGUAGAAGAAAUAAACUCGGACAAAUCAACUUUGUGCAGGAUGAAUACUGUGCACGCAUAAAAAUUCAUGAGUACAGACUCACAUGGCCAUGUGUAUAUACCCUGUAUAUAGAUCGAUGUAGACCAUAGUGACCAGUUCAAGGUCUUCUCUAUUGCCAUAAUUUUGCUUUCUCUAGUACAGCUGUGUUCAAAUUCUCAACAUGCAGUUUUUCUGGCAAAAGCAGAGCUAAACUGAGAAAAUAUUUUAUUGUAAUGUUUCUUCUGGUACAUAACUAGAAAUUUAAGCAGCAGUGUUUUUGAAUAUUUGUGGGCGUUAAAUAUUUAUGUAGUUUAAAAUUCUACAAAAACAAGAAAGUAAAAAUUAAAAAAAAAUCUAAUAUUUAAAUGCUGAAGCUUUCUGUUUAGCUAGAAGUUUUAGCAUAUGGCAAAUGCCAAAUUCUUGGUGAUACAAUUGGAAGUGUUAAGUAGUGUAGCAACUCAGAUGAAAUUUCAAUUUGUGGAGAAUAAAUGGUUAAUACUCCUUGUAUAUUGAAUCUAUAAAAAUAAUCCAUGAUCAAGGAACAGCAGGGUUUGAGCAAAAUUUCAGAUAUUCUCUUAUAGCCCUAGCUGUGGCUAGUGGAACAGAUUCUGUUUAAUCCCAUUUCCAGUGUGUUGUGCAUUUCCUUAAAUUGCGUUUUUGCAGUAACAGACAUGUUUCGACACUAGAUGGUUUAAGUUAGAACUUCAUGAGACAAUGGGAUACCUAGUCUGUACUGCAGUGAACAUGUAUUAGUUGUACGUGCACCUACAUGAGGUUUAUGAAAAACACACACUUCUGCCACACUUUUUGGCAUUAAUGGGUAAAAUUUUCAAAAGUCCGUUAGGCACCAAAGUCUCAUUGAAAGUCAGUAGUGCUUUAAAUCAUUUAGGCACCUUUGAAAGUUUUACCCAAUACCUUUUCUGAAUUCCCCUAUGCAUGGUUAUCUCAUUAUUAGUACGCUAUCACUGUGGCAAACAUUAAGUUAUCCCCUUGAAGGUUUCACUGUAAAGAACCAGGGUACAAUAUUUUCAUGAGUGAACCUGCAGGGGGAUACUAAUAUUUGUUGGAAAUUACUAAAUUAUGGAAAUUAAACUAUUAUACAAGAGGAACAAAAUUGAUUUGUAUUCUGCAGCUCAUGUGUAAGACCAAGUGUGAACAUGCAUUACAUGACUGAAAACGAGACGAGUGCUGAUGACCGAUGAUUUUUAGAGAUGUGUGGAUAUUAAAUAUAUACACAGGGUUAUGCUACUUCGUUUGAGCCCUUCCUUUACAGACUCUCUGAUACUGAAGGAACAUUUGUUACUGCCUGAAGCAGCUUUCUCAGUCUUACCGAACAAUGGGCUUGAUGGAGAAGGCUCUAGGUUUCCUGGCAAGUGCGGGACCGGGCACCAUGUGGUCCCCAGUAGACAGCUCAGCUUCCUCUUUUCUUGCACAGAUGUGCAUGGAAAGAUCAGUAAGCUGUCUGCUUGAUAGCUAGAGCUCCACACACAGGGUCAUAGGACUGGGGGAAUAACAGAGGAUUAUGGGUUUUCUUUUCAGCUUGAGUUCAUUUAUUUUGCUGUCUUAUAUUUUCCUUUGAGGAACAGAUCUUGCUGUCUGCCUCAGUAUUAUUUUCUGCUUAGUCAUGGUAGCAUCUUACUGACACAAAAGGGGUCUAAAAUAGGCAGCUGGUUGAUGAAGCUAGGCAUGCAUAGCAAGCCAUGAUGCAUGAAAAGAAAUGUUUGUGUUUAAGGUUAUUCAUUAAAAUCCAACAUUUUUAAGGGUGGUUUCUGUUAUUUAAACAGUGUAGUGAGAUUGCUUUGAUUUCUGCUUUGUUAGAGACUUGUGAUCCAGUACUUAGAAAUGUCCUGUCAUUGGCAAUGGGAGGCAAUUUAAGCUGGCUAGCACUGUUUAGGCCAGAAUGUACUAUUGGAUUAUUGGCUGGCCUUGCCCUUGCCCUUGAUUUGGUCGACAAGAAUCAGUCACCUAUUCUCUCUGCUGUCAGUAGGCUACAAAAUUCUCUAUUCAUUUAAAGGCAGUUUGCAGAGAUUUGGGAAUUAUAAAAUGAAAGGGUCAGUUCUGUGUCCAGUUACAGGUUUUGUGACAGAUUAAACACAGCUGUGGAUAAUCAGUGGGGUUACCAGAUAGCAACUGAAAAAACAGGACGGGGGGUAAGGGGUAAUAGGCACCUAUAUAAGAAAAAAAGUCCCAAAAAAUGGUACUGUCCCUUUAAAAACUGGACUACUGGUCAACCUAAUUAUCAGUGUUUAAUUUACAGUUUAAUCAGCAAUGGGCAGAAACUCAAAAACCUCUUUAUAUUAUUUACAUUUGUUACCAGGGUGAAGUUAGUGUGCGUGUGUAUGUAUGUGUAUAUGUAUAUAUAUAUAUAUAUAUAUAUAUAUAACACUCCAUGAACACCGUAGUAUUAAUAUUAGAUGGACUUUCAGGCAGUUUUUAAGAAGUGUUCUAAAUAAGUAUAUUGAAUGACCUUCUGCUGGAGAAACCAGUCCUGUAGACAGAGCCUGCCAGGUUACUAGGCUGAAGGGGAAUGAAAAAUCGUUCUAUGGGCAUCCAGUCAGAGGCUGAGGGAGAGCGAGAACUACAUGAGGUGGACAGCCAAUCAAAGGUUCAAAGGGGGCCCAAGCUGUUUUCUGAGGGUUGCCAUUUUUGCUCUGCGAGCAGUAGAGAGGUGCUCGAGGAGGGAAGCUUCAGUGAAAGAAAACCUUGGCCAGGACCAUUACUUCUUCAGUAUUCAGAGUGACUACAGAACUACUGGCUGGUGCUGGGAACUGGGAAUAUUUAUUGGAAUUUUUAUUUUAAUAGCAGGGAGAAAAUAUUCUUUAAAAAGGGGAUUGAGCCAUAGCGUUUGGUGAGAACAGGGCUGAAGCACUGCAAAGUGCUACUCAGGCAGAAUCAUGCUAGUACAGCAGUUGCCAUUAAAGCCUUUACAGUUUGCAAGUAAAGAGUGUUACAUAAUUACCCCUUUGCAAGGAGUUAGCUUUACAUGGGUUAGGGAAUGCCAUGUUAAUGUUCAUUAAGGAAAAGGCAAAAAACUGUAAUGAUUUUAAGUGAUUAUUCUACUGCAAUGGAUCAUGGGCAUUUCCCACAUCCCAAAAUUAGCCUAGCAUCACAUCUCACACUAUGCUAGUGGCAUUUAUCUUUACCAUUUUCCACAAAUGUUACUUUGUUUUUAAAAUCAUGCUGUUACCACCACAACUACAGAUCAAUAAAUAAUGUCACACCUCUGCAAAUCCCCAUUGACAAGAGUUUCCACUACCCAUCACUGUCCAUGUGGUACAAUACCAAUAUUUUUGGGUCUUACUCUUCUCCUGUCCAUAUGGAAUAGAGGCUCAUAUGUGUCUUUUGGGAGCUGUGACAUGAUUCAGUUAUACAUGAAGAUGGUCAUCACAACUGUGACACAGUUAUUGUCACUCACAGGGAAAACACAAAUAUGCUAGGUGACAACACUAUUGUUCUUUCUGUCUAAACUACAACUGAACUGUAGGGAAGAGGGAGGGAACGGAUGGCUCAGUGAUUGAAUGUAGCUUUCUGAUAGUUUGUGGGUGAGCCGUGUAAAAAUGAGUUUGGAGUGCUGAGUCCAGUUUUCUCAGUAACUAGGCACCCAUGUCACUAUAACCAUCAUCCCAGUUGGCAGUAAUUAGCACCCUCUCAGUAGAGGCCAGAGACUCAGUGGGCCAUGACUGACGAGUGCUCUCAUUCUACACUGGUGAUCAGAGUAGAGGUAUGUUGGCAGAGUAGUACAGAGUGAACUGAAGUUUUGCUAGCUGUUGUCUCUCUUCUGUAGUUAAAGCAUGAUCUUCAGUCUCCACUGUGAUCAAGCUCAACAUUUCAUAAUCACCAAGAAAUGCAUGGGCAAAAUGUAAGACACAUACUAGUGCUUUCUAUAUGCUUUUACAGUCUUUGAAACCCUUCAGGGAAAAUACUCCUCUUUAGCAAUACAAGACCUUGUCAGAGUAAGUUAUCGGCUUAACUCAGUCUUUUAGUAGUGUCUCACCAAUUUCUCUGUUUCUUGUUUGUCAUCUUCAGUUUCUUCCCUUCCCUAGUUUGAAGGCUCCUGUUAAGGAAAGCCAUCAAACAAAGAGAGCCUAAGCCAAGAAAGAAAAUAUAGUCCUUGUGGUGACUAAUGUCUAGUAGUGCAAUGAUUUAAAAGUUUAAACUAAAAAUUGAUCCAGAAAAGAACUUACUUUAAUGUGCUGCAUUGGGAAAGAGGACAAAGAAAUAAGUGCAGGGAGAGAGAGAUUUGAAAAGUGAAUAUUCAUCUUCAUUACUUUCAUCUGACGGUGUUUUGCUGUUCUAAUGAUGCAAAGCAGCACUAAACCUGGUUUACCCCGCAAGUUUAAACUUUACAUCACGAGAGUACUUUUAAAAGCACAUUUCUGAAAACGUUCCCUUGUGACACAGGGCAUAACAGCACACUUAGGCCUUGUCUACAGUUUUUUUUUUGGGGGGGGGGGGCGGGGAGGAGAAUAAUGUAGCUGAAGUUGAUGUACUUAAAUCUACUCACUGCAGUGAGUCAACUGCUGACACUCCACCGUCGACUCCAGUACUCCACCAGCGUGAGAGAUGCAGGCAGAGUCGACGGGAGAGCAGUCUGGGGUUGAUUUAUCGCAUCUAGACUAGAUGGGAUAAAUUGACCCCCCUGCUGGAUCAAUCACUGUCUGGCAGAUAGUAUACACAGACCUAUAGAAAAUCUGGGGGGAAACCUUGUUUUCACAAGCAUGCUUGUCAUUUUCUUUUCCCUUUUCAAUUUUCCCCUGCCACAAUAUAGAUGCCACUACUUGUGGGAGGGUGGGGGAAAUAGAUCAGGUACCAAAGACAACUAAAAAUAUUAGGAGGCGCCUUAUUUUAUAGUUGGAAUAAUAACCACUUUACCCACAAGUCAGCAAGCACAAGAAAGAAAAGCUUGGCAGUUCUUUUGGAAAUACUAUCACUUCAAACUAGAAUGAUCCUGGGGGGUGGGGGUUAGAGGUGCGUAUGAGAGAGAGCUUGAUACCAUAUCACUAUCACUGAACUAAAGUGCUAAUGUAAUUAUGGUGGAGCCUCUGAGUAAGGCUAAAGAAUUGAGGGGGUUUUCCUGAGCCAUAGUGAAAUGAUAGAGAGGCUACUGUUGAUAAUUUUAAUAUUUUCUUAGCCGUUACCCCUUUGUUCACCUCAUUUGCAGGUAGAUCAAAAAGGUGAUCAUACAUAUGCCUUUUUAUAGGUGGCAUCUGAUUACAUAUUAGUGUAGAUCAACAAGCUUUUAUAUAUACAAUUAGUCACUGUUAAGUAAUAUAGUCAAAAGUGCACUUUGCUUAAACUCAGACUUGACCUAAGCUUGCUGCAAUAUAUUGUAUAUUACUGUAUUGCAAACGCACAAGAUGACUAGGACCCCAGCCUCUAUUUUUAAACUGGGAAGAGUAAAGAAACCAUAGAAGGUGGGUGGUGUUUUAUUUCCCCACUGCUACAUUAGUAAAGUUUUGAUCUGUCAGUUUCCUUGUUGGUGUUUAAUUUGAGAUCAAAUCUAGGAAUUUGCAACCUGAGGUAUUUCCUGCUUGAUAACUGGGGCCUAUGGAUGCUCCGCUGAUGACCGGUGUCUGUGUGGUUUGGGCUGGUGUACUCCCCAGAAUCUGUCCUCUGAAAAGGUUAGGAACUCCUCUCAAACAGGACUUGGGGCAGGAAGUCACUGUAGAACAAUGCUUAAGAGCUGUAACUUUCUUCUCCCCUGCCUGCUUCAGGCCUUACCUUCCCCUUGCAAUCUGAUAAGAGGUCCUCAAUGGAGGAUGUAGGGAAAAUCUUGCCUCUUUUAAACAGGGGUCUCAGUCUAGCACUUGGGCUUGUGCCUAUCCAGCCCCUCAUAUUGCUCCUGUUUCUGGCAGAGCACUCAGAGGAGCACGCACAGCCCCAGUAUCUAGAAUCCCAACAUCAGGCUAAAAUUAAACUCUAAAUUCUGUGGGUUUUUUUUACAGCUUCCCAAGCUCUUAGAGCAUUCUUGCUAUCUCAGUCUUAGGCAGGAUGUUUCUAGGAGCUCCUAAGGCAUGAAGGAGCUAUGCUACCCUUUGAAAGUGUACAGAAUAUAUGUGCCCAUACUCCCCAGGCCAGUGCAGAAGGACCCUCUCCCUUAUUGUUCCCUUUCAGGGUGUCUAAUUUCACUGUGGGCACUAGACAGACAACCACAAGCUGUAUGGGCCCAGAACACAAGGCAGAAGUUGCAGCUGCCUCUUUGGCUCUGGACAAGAAAGAAGGAAGCACAUUCCACCCUGUGUCCUCUCUCCAUUCCUUAUGCACUAGCCCCAACAUUGAAAUUUAAAAGAAGUGGGGCAGGGAGGGCUGAGACCUAAAGGUGGACAUGGAGGGAGAGUGGCACUCUAAUUUCACAACAGGGAACAAGUAUUGACAGGGUCUGUCAAGAUUGGUUCCACAAAAGUGUCCUGUGGAAAAUGACUCACAAUAAAUAUCAGUUUCAGUGAAGAGCUUAAGGCAGGUUUGGCCAAAUUUUGUGAUGUCAAGGGCUGCUGCUGUCUAAAGUAGUAAUGGAGAUACAGCACCCCUCUGAGGCGAGAUUCGUGAGUGGUACUUGCAUAUUACACCACCAACAUUCUUGUUCUAAUUGUGCCUUUGAAUUCUCAAAAAUUGACUUUUUAGCUUAAUGGCAGCUUCAUCACAGUAAGUAUUUUAAAAACAGUAGUGGCCCCCCAAGGGUGUUACGAUGAACUUCUCCCUGAAGCAUGAUGCGGAACAUGCCUGCUCACAGAAGAGGAGUAGGGACACUUGUACAGUUUCUGUGCUUGGAGCACCUUUGCAAAGCAGGGGUUUUGGCAACAGAGUGACAAAAUGGGAAAAGGCAAGGCUGGCAGCUGGCCAUACUUUAGGGAAUGCAACACUAUGAAUGUGACCCAGUUCAAUUCACUUAACAUAUCUCUAGGGAAAGAGCUCAAUUUUUACAAUUCUUCUGCAGGAUAGAAAGAAGGCUAAAGCUGACAAAACCAGGUACCACUAGAAGUCUUUCAGGGCCAGGCACUUGGCUUGCCAAGUACAAAGUGGUAUUAUUAGAGAAUGACCACCCGUCCAUACUUAAACAAGUCAAUUUUCCAAAGACUUCAAGUCAGAGCACCAUUUGGAAACAUGGUACAGGGAUCCUAAAAUUUGAAAAAAGUUACCUCAUGCAUCAUUUUUGUCACAUUUGUAGAAAUCCAGGUGAUUUCUUUUAAAACAAAAAACAUUGGAUUCUAUAAUCUGUACAUAUGCUGUAGCUGUCAGUGUGGUUUUUUAAUAAACACACUAUUUGUUUUGCUUUGACUCUGGUGGUUUACUUUAAAGAAAACCAUCAAGGUAAAACUAAGUUUGUACAGCCUUUGAUUAUUAAAUGACUGUUAAAGUCAGCAUAAAGUAUAUAUUGUAUUAAAAUUGAGUGCUGUUUAUGUAUUUAACAUAGAUGUAUGUUUUUGCAUUGUUAAAGAAAUGAUCUAUGCUUUCCUCUUUUUUGGAUUUGUGCUCCAAGAUUGUCAAAUAGCUUUCAUACUCUAAUUUUACUUUGAGUAAAGUUCAAACAAUUUGCUUAUGA